AUGGGUUUCGUGAAAGUUGUUAAGAAUAAGCAAUACUUUAAGAGGUACCAAGUUAAAUUCAAGAGGCGUCGGGAAGGCAAAACUGACUACUAUGCUCGCAAACGCCUCGUUGUUCAAGACAAGAAUAAAUAUAAUACGCCUAAGUACCGGCUUAUUGUUCGUCUUUCCAACAAGGAUGUGACUUGCCAGGUGGCUUACUCUCGCAUUGAGGGUGACCACAUCGUUUGUGCUGCAUAUUCUCACGAACUGCCACGCUAUGGUGUUAAGGUUGGUCUGACAAAUUAUGCCGCUGCUUACUGUACUGGUUUGCUCCUAGCAAGAAGACUGCUCCAGAGGCUUGGCCUUGAUACCUUGUACACUGGUGCCACAGAAAUCACUGGUGAUGAAUUCAAUGUAGAACCUGUAGAUGAUGGUCCAGGUGCAUUCAGAUGUUACCUGGAUGUGGGUCUGGCACGUACCACCACCGGUGCACGUGUUUUUGGCGCCAUGAAGGGUGCUGUUGAUGGUGGUCUAAAUGUUCCACACUCCAUCAAGAGAUUCCCUGGUUAUGAUGCUGAAGCAAAGAAAUUUAAUGCAGAAGUACACAGGGCCCACAUCUUCGGUUUACAUGUAGCUGAAUAUAUGCGCAGCCUUGAAGCUGAUGAUGAGGACUCAUUCAAGAGGCAGUUUGGAAAGUACAUCAAAUUUGGUGUUAAUGCUGAUUCUGUUGAAGCUAUCUACAAAAAGGCUCAUGAAAGCAUCCGUGCGGACCCAUCCCAUAAGAAGAAGGAUGUACCCAAAAAGGACGUCGCUAAACAGAAGCGAUGGAACAAGCGCAAGUUGACAUUGGCUGAAAGAAAGAAUAGAAUCAAGCAGAAGAAGGAGUCUUACAUCAAAAAGCUCCAAGCACAAGCAGAAGCUUAA